AUGAACUCUUCAAUGAAUCCACUGAAUCUACAGGACACAUUUGAAGAAGCUUUCAGUAAAAAUUUCAUCAUUGUUUUUCUUGGAUUACUGAUCAUCUGCAUCAAUGGAACAUUUGUUUUCACUUUCAUGAAGAGUUCAGUUUUCCACAAUGAUCCAAGAUACAUUUUAUAUAUACACUUGGUUAUCAAUGAUAUGCUUAUGCUUUUUGUGUCAGUGACUCUCUGUGUAAUAUCAUAUGCAUGUAAACAUGUAAACCUAUCAUUAUGUUGUAUGUUCCUACUCAUAGUCUCAACCACUCACAAGAACACGCCGUUGAACCUGGCUGGCAUGGCAAUUGAAAGGUACAUUGCCAUCUGCAAACCAAUGCAUCACCCUCAGAUCUGUACGGUGCCCAGAACAUGCAUCCUCAUAUGCUUGAUAUGGGGAAUUGGAGUUAUCCCUGGACUGUCAGACCUGGUGAUUGCUGCCAUAACUUGCACCCUGUCUGUAUCUUACACCGUCACUAUCUGCAGUCCCACUUUUCUUUACAACACAGUUUACCACGAGGAGAAGAACAAAGCUAUACAAUGCAUUUACAUGUCAACUGUUUGGCUUGUUCUUAUUUACACUUAUUAUAGAGUGCUUGUUGCCGCUAAAAAGAUGACGGCUGACAAAAUUUCUGCCAAAAAAGCUCAGAACACAAUCCUUUUGCAUGGGGGCCAACUUUUGCUUUGUAUGUUGUCCUACACAACUCCUGUGCUUGACUUUAUUCUUGUGCUUAUUUUGCCUACUUUUCGGACAAAAAUACUUUUUUUUAAUUACCUGCUCACAAACAUGUUACCACGCCUGCUAACUCCACUCAUUUAUGGGGUUCGGGAUCAAAAAUUAAUUCAACACAUUAAAAGAAAUUUCUCAUGCAAGACUAUUAUAAAAGUUGAAUCAGCCAAGCAAUGA